AUGAUAAAGAGCAAUGGGAGACACAGUUUGACUAUGCUUAACCCUGAUUAAUCUUUGCAUAUGAUUUAAGUGGAGGAAUAUAAAAAUGGAAGUGAAAUAACUAGAGGUUUCGUUAGAUCUAAUGAUACUGAAAGUGAAUCCAAAGCCUAUUCUUUUCGUAGUUGGGAAACUGUAAAUCAACCAAGGAAAAAAUGGACUUCAAGACCUCAAAGAGUUUUUUGCAGGAAAUGCUAAUCUAAUGUUAAAACUCUCAUUAUCAAAUCUGUAACAAGAAAUUAGAAAUACUAUGCCUUGUCAAUAGCAAUAUGUUGUUUACCACUGGUUUUUUUGCCCUUUGUUUUCCCAUAAUGCUAUGAGUGUGCUCAUUAAUGCCCGGAAUGCAGUUAAAUACUAGGCAUCUAUAAUGUCAAUUGA